GACAAGGACGUAGUAUUGUAAUAUUUAUAUGUUUAUAUAUUAUAUAUAUUGUAAGUUAAGUGUUAAUUUUUUUUGUGAUAUUUAGUUUAUUUAAAUAAGAUAAUGGCGACCCUCAUUGAUAAUUACGAACAACAAUACGCGGUUUUGACUGCUGAUAUUACGGCUAAAAUUAGUCGAAUAAAUGUUGUUACUGGAGCCGAGAAAAGGGCAUUCGUCCAGGAUGUCGAUAGACAACUAGAAGAAGCCCAGGAAUUGUUAGAACAAAUGGAACUUGAAGUCCGUGGGACCGGAGGAACUCAACGGGAUCGAUUGCGUAGUCGAGUAGAGAGUCAUCGCGCAGAACUAAAAAGACUAACAAAUGAAUUCAAAUUAUCACGAAAACCAAAAGAGGAGAUCGUAGAUUUGAAUGUCAUUGAUGACUGGGACAAUGGAGUUGUAACUGAGGAUCAAAAAUCUCGAUUACUCGACACUUCGGAGAGAAUUGAUCGCACAGGAAGAACUUUGCAGAAUGGCUACCGCAUGAUUUUGGAAACUGAGGACAUUGGCGCCCAAGUAUUGAAAGAUUUGAGUGAUCAGAGGGAAACUAUUCAAAGGAGUCGAUCACGUUUAAGAGAAACAGACGCGGAUAUAGGACGGGGAUCGAGAAUAUUAUCGGGAAUGAUUUUUCGUUCUCUUCAACAACGGUUUAUUCUCGUUGCCGUAUUUGUGGUAUUGCUUAUUGUUGCAUGCUUUGUUAUAUAUUUCAGUUUUAAUUCUAAAAGUUAAUUUAUUUACACUAUUUAUUCACGGCCUUGGACACCAAAGCUUAUAAUUAUUUAUUGCAAGAUCUCAUAUUUUUUAUGUUUUAACACAGCUAAUAUUUUUUAUUAUUUAUUAUAAAUAGGGCAAUAGUCUGACGACAAAAAUUCUGUAAUUCAAAAAGAAAUUUCAUUCAUUUCCUUGUAAAAAUUUUAAAAAAAGUUUUGAAUUUUUUUUUCCCGCGCAAACGAUAAAACGAAGUGGGGCAAUAUGACACCCCAAAUUGUAUCAAAAAAUUUUUACUAUUGGGGCUGACCAACUGACCCCAUAUUUUUUUUUAGACAACAAAAAUUUACAAAAAAAUUUUCAUUACAAAAUGUCGUCCAUUUUUCUGGAUAUUAAAUUUUCAAUUAAAAAAAAAAAAAAAAUUUGUGAUUUUUUGUUAUCCGACUGGAGCCUAAAAAUUGUACGUUAAUUUUAUUUCUAAAAUUCACAAAGUCGAUAAAUUUAAAAUUGGGUCAGAGGUAACUAGGCCACUUGCAUUAAUCAAUAAAAACAAAAAAAAAAAAUUACCAAAGCGCCUCUUGAAGUGCCGAGUAUUUAAACAAACAUAUAUAUGGUCGUUAUUGUUAUUAUAAUUUAUUUGCCAUAAAAUUCCAUGCAUUGUAAAAUUAUAAAUUAAUUUG